CGUACUUGUUUCCUUUAGGACUUUUUUGUGUUUCGCGGUCUUUGUUCAGGUGGUUUAAGAGGAUUGAACAGUACUUGAAGUAACUUAGUGGUAGACAUUAGACGUCGUUCCGUCAGCCAUGUCUGAAGCAGCUGAGCUUAGGAAGCUCGUGAAACAGCUCCAAAAUACUUCCACGAAUGAGGAAAAAGUAACCAUUCUGCAAAUCUUGAAGAAAGACUUUCAAGUAAAUGAAGCAAUCCUAAGGGAAAGCAAAGCAGGUCUUGCUGUCGGUAAAUUGCGAACCCAUGAGGCAAAAGAGGUCUCCGACCUAGCCAAGGAGAUAGUGAAGAAGUGGAAAAAUGAGGUGGAGCGUGCUAAAGGAGGUCCAGGCUCAAAGGCGGGGGCGCCUGCCAACGGCAAGGCAGGAUCAACUCGCAAAGGAUCUGCAUCGGUGACUCCAUCUAACGCCACUCCCGCUCCGAUGAGCGGGAAGUCUGAAUCUCGUACUGCGAAAGGAGAUAAAGCAAAGGCUGGCACUGGCAACGACGUGCGGGACAGAUGCACCGAACUCCUUUAUGAUGGCCUUGCUUUUGACUCUGGCGCUCCCAGCGAUCUGAUUAUGACUCGAGCAAAGGCUGUGGAAGCGGGUGUUUUUGCGCAGUUUGGCAGUGCUAACGCUGAAUACAAGGGCAAGAUUCGUUCUUUGUUUGUCAACCUCAAGGACAAGGGCAAUCCAGGUCUGCGAGAGAGCGUUGUCAGUGGAGAACUUUUGGCCGAGAAGUUCAGCAAAAUGAGCAGCGAGGAAAUGUCUUCGGAGGAAAGACGAGCAGCAGACCGAAAGAUAAAGGAGGAGAACUUCUUCAAGUCCUUGGGGGCUGGCGAACAAGAAGCCGAAACUGAAGGCUUCCAGUGCGGAAGAUGCAAGCAACGCAAGUGUCGCUAUCGCCAGGCGCAGACCAGAAGCGCCGACGAGCCAAUGACGACUUUUGUGACAUGCGUCAACUGUGGCAACAAAUGGAAAUUCUCGUAAAUCGUUGUAGUGUCCAGGAGUGCUUCAUAGUUGGCAAGUUUUUUUUCCUACUGUACCUCUUUCACUGUCCAAUUGGUCGGGACAUCGUUCUGUUGAUCCUAGACGGCCCUGUCGUAAUGAUGUAUACCUCCAAUCUAUCUUGAAAAAUACCCCUUUGCUUCACACACUCAUUUGUACAACUGGUGAGGCAGAUGACCCAUGAGGUUCUACGACAUUGCCUAUCCGACUUGCGUGCGGCAUCUAAUGAUAC